CGGGUAAACAAGCGAGAUGCACAGAAUCUGUAUCGCCCAGAAUCUUUUUAACACAAAGUAUACUGAAAUAUCCCCCGGAUUAUUUGUGGUUCCUUGUUUGGAAUCUUCGUCGAAGAACAUUAAUUGCGGUGUUAUAUUUCAGUGCUGUCUCUCAGAAACCAUGGAAAAGGAAGGUGGAAAUAAGAAGAAUAUAGGGUCCUGCAAGAUGAGCCACAGGUAUGGUUACUUGGUAGCUUCGGCGAUAAUAUUGGGGGCCUUUUCGCUGGUGUUAUUUGCCACUUGUGCAGUUGUGAUAUUCACAAUGAAAUUGGAGUUUGAAGAUAGGCUUCAGAAGAUCGAGACUUCUCUGAAAAACAGAGAAGAGCAACUCGACCAGCAGUUGUUGAAAAAGGCAAUUUUAAUCGCGAUGCAAGAAAAAACCAAACUUAGGCAUCGCAGAGAUGCUCUGACUGGUGUCCAUAAACAAUUAGAAUCUACUCUUCAAAGAGCUACAGCAUUAAACAAAUUAUUGGCCUCGUUUCAAACAAAACAAGGCGGCAAGUUGGAUACAUCCAACUUUUGCUUGAUCAACAAAACAGUGAUUUGCAAAGACAUAAUCCGUGGAAAAAGAGGCAAAGCUGGGCCAAGGGGCCAAAAAGGUACUACUGGGCCACAAGGUCCACCUGGUCUACCAGGCUUGAGAGGAGAUCGAGGCGAACGUGGACUUCCUGGACCCCCUGGACCACCAGGUAUCCCAGGGCCUCAUCCAUCAGAACCACAUAUUGUGACUCCUUUGACAAAUUUAGAAGCUUUCGAGGGUUCAGCUGUCAUUUUCACCUGUAAAGCAAAUGGUUAUCCGAAGCCAAAGAUCACGUGGAAAAUUAAUAACAAAUUGUUGAAUAGCACUGAAGAUGAGUACGUGUUUCCAAGUGAAUAUUCGAUGAAGAUUAAACAAAUCAGACGAGUGGAUCAUGGGACUGUUAAGUGCACCGCAAGAAAUGCCUUAGGGGUUCAAAGCAGCACUGCAGAUGUGAAAGUGUUCUUUUUGCCGGUUGUAACGAUUCGCAAACGUGUGCCAAUAUCAGGAGUGAUUGUUGCAGACUGCAUAGCUAGGGGUCUACCUCGGCCAACUAUUUCAUGGACAGGACCUCAAGGCAGGAGGGUCUCCAUUCUUUCUUUCCUUUUAAAGAGCAGUACGUUGGAAAGUGGUGUAUAUAAAUGCAUUGCUCGCAAUCGUGUUGGAACAGCAUCGAAAUCUCUUACAGUAAUUGUACGACAUAUAAAUAAGUACAUCAUGCCAAAAGACGGGACCCGAUACAUAAAAAAGUCAUGGCCUGAUGCACGAAGGCACUGUUUAUCACUUGGCGGAGAUCUUGUCAGCUUUAAUGAAGAUGAACAAAAAGAUGUCCUUGCUUUCUAUAACGAAACCCGUUCGGACUACUAUACAUGGAUUGGACUGAAUGAUAGAGAAACAGAAGGAGAAUUCGUUUGGAGCGAUGGCAAAAAGUUUAAAUUUUCAUACUGGAGUGCCCGUGAACCAAAUGGUGGAAGAAAUGAAAACUGCGUCCAUCUUUAUCCAUUUGGGACGCAACUUAAGGCGAAUGACAGAUCAUGCUGGCAACCGGGCUAUUUUAUAUGCAAGCUACAAGAAACGAAAGUAAUAACAUGAGUCGUGACAACUCUUUGAGGUACUACAUGUAAACACAGUUUCCUUUUACGUAAAUUAUCAUAAUAUAUAACACGUGAAAUUAAAGGUAAUGUGUCCAGCUUAAAGGUAAUGUGUCCAGCUAUAGCAAGCGACUCUGCGGGGGUUUUUAGAAACAUGUGAUUUUUCAUGUCA